CAACCCGGACGCUCUCAGCCGACUCGGCAUGGGCGUGAACAUUGGGACCGGCGACGUGGUCAAGGUGUGCGUUCCCAACUACAAGCCAAAGUCAUACUCCAUGUCUGCGGCGAGAGAGGGCGAGUUUGACAUCACGUUUAAGGUCUACCCGGGCGGCCGCGCCUCUGGCUACCUCGACAGCAUCGCCGUCGGCCAGUCCAUCGACGUCUUUCCGAUGGGUAAGAAGGCGCGCCACCCCGGUGCCUUCGUCGGACUGGUCGCCUUUGGAGUCGGUAUCACCGAGGCGCUUCCGCUCGCGGCGAUCGAGCUGUCCGAGGCUGAAGCCGAGAGCGUGCGCCUGCUGUGGUGCUCAAAGUCGAGCGGCGACACCUUUUGGCGCGAGUGGGCCGCCCGCCUGGCGGCAAGUUAUCCCGGCCGGUUCGAGCUCGUCGACACUUUCACUCGCGAGGACGUGCCGGGUGCGCGGCGCGGGCGCGUCGACGCAGCCACCCUGCGCGAGGUCUUUGACGGGGUUUGGGGCACACUCCCCGGCGGCGAGAACGAGGCGCGGCGCGGCGAGGUGCGCUUCACGAGCGUGGGGACGAAGGAGAUGAUGCGGGCGUUCGACGUGACGCUGGGCGAGGUGGGGUACCCGAUGCCGGCGCAUGCGCUGCUGAAGAAGCCCGGGGAGUGAGGCAUUCAGGUGUAGUCUGUAGACCGACGGUGUAUCAAUAGGGGCGCUCACCAGCCAACAGAGUAAGGGGAGGGCUCCCAGCACCCAGGGCUUCGAGGUUGGGCUUCGAGGUUUUCCCUGUGUGUACUCGAGUGUGUACGAACAAUUGAACAAUUACAUACGCGCC